CUCUUAGUUGUUAAAUUCUGGUUGGAGUUCAAAGUAGUAAAAAAAAAAAUUCAAACGGAAAUGAAAGUCUUUGGAAGUUUGAUAAUUUGCACGGUCCUUUUGGGUUUUGUUUUCGCCCUGCCCAUGAUCAGCCGUGUGGAGACUGAUCCUGAAUUGACAGCUGGCUUUGUGGAGGGUGAUAUGGUCUUGGAUACCAAUACCCGUAAUGGUUUGCGAGACGAGGUUUACCAAUGGCCCAAUAAUACCGUCUUCUACAAAUUCCACACUCAGUUUGACUCAGCCCACCAUAAUCACAUUUUACGUGGCAUGGAAAUCCUGGAAAGUGUCUCCUGCAUACGUUUCCAAGAGGCCGAUGAGAAUACCCCCCAUUUCGUAAACAUCACCGGCAUGGAUGGUGGCUGCUAUUCCAGCGUUGGCUACCGUCGCACUGGAGCUCAGAACUAUAAUUUGCAAUUAUAUCCCUUGGACCAGGACUGUUUCCGUUUGGGCACAAUUGUCCAUGAAUUUUUGCAUACCCUUGGCUUCUACCACAUGCAGAGCAGUGCUAAUCGUGAUGAGUAUGUGUUCAUCAAUGAGACGAAUAUUCAAGAUGGCAAACUGCACAAUUUCAAUAAAUAUGAUGAGACCGUUGUCGAUGAUUUCGAUGAGGGAUAUGAUUACGGCAGCGUUUUGCACUAUUCCGCCUAUGCCUUUUCGGCCAAUGGCGAGAUGACCAUUGUACCUUUGUUGGAAGAAGAAGCUGCUGGUAUUAUGGGUCAACGGCGAGGCAUGAGCAAGAGUGACAUUAGUCGUUUGAAUUUAAUGUAUCGUUGUCCGGUUAAGGUGUGAAAAUGUUUAAUUUUUUUUAUCAAAAUUAAAUAAUUUGCCAAUAAAUGUGACAAAUUCGUGUUGAUGAAAAAAUAUUUGAAGUAUGCUUCAUG